CAAACACGUCGCACGUGUUUCGGCGAUUAUCACGUGAUAAUGUUUAUGCAGAGAUGGUUUCCUUUGGUAUUUUAGUGUUGUACAUUUAUUUAAGUACCUAGGUACUCUUAUAAAUGUUUUUUUUUGGGAUAUUUUAAAAAUAAGUAGCUAGCAUUUACUAAAAAGUGCUAUUAUGGCGAAGACUAACAGAAAAGUGCAAUAUUUUGCUGGAUUAUGCGAAUAUUUUCGUUUUCGGCAGUUUCCUUCGCAUUUACAUUUACUGGUGCAGCGAUAUCGUGGCCUUCGCCGGCUAUUCCAAAGUUUAAGAAUGGAGAAGCAAAUAUAGACAUAAGCGAUGCGCAGAGUUCCUGGGUUGUAUCGUUGGCAGCGCUGGGCGCGUUUCCGGGAUGUUACCUUGGCAAAGUGCUGAGUGAGCGCGCUGGGCGCCGAGCAACCAUCUUUAGUGCGGCCGUGCCGGGAUUUUUAGGUGCGGGCAUUAUUUUGUUUACGAAAAUUCCGGAGCUUAUGUACGUUGCCAGGAUUCUAAUAGGAAUAGCAAAUGGGAUCACAGCUGUUGUAACAAUGAUAUAUCUAACCGAGAUAGCCGACAAAGAGGUCAGAGGUGCACUAGGUAUGCUAGUGCAAGUAAUGAACAACUUGGGAAGUCUGGCUGUAUACGGCAUAGGCCCGUUUGUAUCUUACACAGCAUUGAAUUCUAUAGUGCUUUUUAUCUCUGUGUUCUACGCUGUUAUUUGUCUAUGGGUCCCGGAAUCCCCUUACUUCCAUUUGACUUACGGCAGAUUGGCCGCGGCUAGGAAGGAAUUUAUGACUAUAAAAGGAACAAAGGACGAAGUGUGGGUAGAUGAACAAUUAGAGACUAUGCGUUUACAUGUUCAAGAAAGUAUGGAGAAUAAAACUACUUUCAAAGAGUUAAUAACCAAUUUGAAAUAUAGGAAGGCUAUCUAUAUAAUAUCAGGUCUCAAAGUAUUGCAAUACAUGACCGGCAGUUUGGCCAUCCAGUCUUACUUGGAAAUCAUAUUCAGACAAAGUAGUUCCAUAUCGGGGCCCUUUGCAAGUAUUGUGUACGGAUUUGUACAGCUUGGCGCAGGAAUUGGGGCUACGUUCCUGGCUGGUUAUUUCGGGCGCAGAAUUCUCAUGCUCACAUCUAGUUUCGGCGUCGCUGUCGCCUUAACCAUAGUGGGGUUGUACUUUUUCUUGCAAGACUUUGUACAAGUCAGUCCUAAAACGUUGUCAUCCAUAUCUUCACUACCUCUUAUUGGUGUGCUUAGUUUCAACAUUCUGUAUGCAAUGGGCAUAGGGAACUUACCUUACAUAAUGCAAGCAGAACUGUUUCCAAUCAACGUUAAAGCUAUGGCCUCGAGUGCAGCGACAAUGAUGGCUUGUAUACUAAACUUCUUCGUCACAAAGUCUUACCAAGGCAUCAAAGAUGGGUUGGGCCACUAUACAGUUUUCUGGUCGUUCGCGAGUAUAGCGUAUGCUGGAAUUUUCUUUAUAUACUUUUUCGUGCCUGAGACUAAGGGCAAGAGUUUGGAGGAAGUUCAGGACAACAUGCGAAUUAAAAUCGACGAAGUGGAGAGACUGAAUAAAACUGAAAAUAAUGCGUGAAAAUUGAACAACAAUAAAAUAAAUAAAUUUUCUCUAAGCUGAGACAUGUGUAUAAACCUGUACAAAAUAAUGCUGGUACAAAAGCUAGUCAAAAAUUCUAUACUAUUUAGUACUUUCACAAAAUAGUAAGUAGUUUCAUUAAUAUUUUUUUAGGUAAAGUAACAUUUUUUGACUAGUAGAAUUUGUAUGGAACAAUGUUAUAAUUUGAUCUCGUAUGUAUUUUGUAUAUUUUAGCAUAAAAGUACAUAAUUGUUAUUUAGGUAUGUAUUUACACUUUUAUAGUUCCUUGCAGAUAAGGCUGUGUAGUACUUGCCAUAGCUACAUAAAUAUUUAUUAUAUUGUCAAGUAAGUUAGUAGGUACCUAUUUAGUUUGCAUUUCUUGAUAAGAAUACCAUAUUGAGUUAUCUUGUUUGAAUAAGGUUACCUUCAUUUCCAUUGAAUUUAUUGAAGCAUGCAAAUACCUACAGAAAAUAAUUUCAGAGUUUAAUCAUAUUUGUAAUAGGUAUGUAUUAUAAGUAAAAAAUAUUGUGUUAUUGAAGAAAUUAUGAUUUUAUAAUUUAAGUAAGUACCUAUAUUUAUGUAGAUAAUAUUGAGAUGAUAUGUAAUCAAUUCUAUCGUAUAUUUUGAGAACUCACUCGUGAUUGUGUUAACUGUAAUGUCAAAAGUACCUAAGGUUCACCUAAAAUAAGUAUAGUACUUUGACAGUCAACCAUCACACAGCCAAAAUGGCGAGCCAGAUCUUAAAAUUUUGCGUUAUUUAUGAAGUGUCAAUUUGUAUGAUUUGUUUAAAUAAAACAAGUAAUGUGACCAAAAGAUUUUUAUUUCACUGAAUAAUAAAAUAUGAAAUAAUACAUCCUAUUACUUAGGUUAGAGAUAACUAGGCUUGGGUAUAAAGAGCUUUAGUUAAGUAGCUGGUGGCAAAAUCACUUAAUUAUGAUAUCAUCGACUUUUUUUUGUGUAAUGAUA